AUGUCACUCCUGGAGCGAUUCUUCGAGGACGCGUCCGACGUCUUCGACACGCACGUGCUCCCGCGGCUCGACAGCGGCGACCUCGCGGUGCUCGCGACGGUGAACCGGAAGAUGCGCGACGUCGUCUUCGAAUCGCCCGUCGACCAUGACGUGAGGGACGUCGCGGCGGUGAGGAGAGAGCUCGCGAGGGUGCCGAACUUCGUCGGAUCAGUGGCGAGGCUGGCGUGGGCGAAGGAGUGGGGAUGUCCGUGGGCGAAGGAGACGUUCACGUGCAUCGCGAGGGGUGGGAACGUGGAGGUCGCGAGGUGGGCGAAGGAACGAGGAUGCCCGUGGGACGAGGAUACUUGCGCCGAUGCCGCGGAAGGCGGCCACCUGAAGAUGUUGCAGUGGUUUCGAUCGAACGGCGCUCCGUGGGACACGUGGACUUGCACCUUUGCCGCGGAAGGCGGCCACCUGGAGGUGCUGCAGUGGGCGCGAGCGAUCGGAUGUCCGUCGAACGAGUUGACUUGCGCCAGUGCCGCGAGAGGCGGCCACCUGGAGGUGCUGCAGUGGGCGCGCGCGAACGACUGCCCGUGGGACAUGCGGACUUGCAGCUCCGCCGCGGGUGGCGGCCACCUGGAGGUGCUUCAGUGGGCGCGCACGAACGGAUGUCCGUGGGACGGGGAGACUUGCUCCGAAGCCGCGCUCGGCGGUCACCUGGAGGUGUUGCAGUGGGCGCGUGCAAACGACGCUCCGUGGGACGAGUUCACUUGCGCCAGUGCCGCGGAAGGCGGCCACCUCGAAGUGUUGCAGUGGGCGCGCGCGAACGGCGCUCCGUGGGACAAGUACACUUGCUUCGAUGCCGCGUCUGGCGGCCACCUGGAGGUGCUCCAGUGGGCGCGCGCGAACGGCGCUCCGUGUAACGAGUUCACUUGCGCCUAUGCCGCGCGUGGCGGCCACCUAGAGGUACUGCAGUGGGCGCGCGCGAACGGCUGUCCGUGGGACGAGUUCACUUGCGCCUAUGCCGCGGGUGGCGGCUACCUGGAGGUGCUGCAGUGGGCGCGCGCGAACGGCGCUCCGUGGGACGAGGAGACUUGCCGCGAUGCCGCGGAAGGCGGCCACCUGGAGGUGCUGCAGUGGGCGCGAGCGAUCGGCGCACCGUGGGAUCCGAUGCUAUGCAAAGCUCGAGCGCGGAACCACAUGCACGAGGAUGUGGUGCGGUGGAUAUCUGCGGAGGUAGGAGAGGGGGCGUAG